AUGAGGGCCUUCUCGGAUAUACUGCUGGGACCCCUCAAGGCGGUGCUAAUGCGGGUUCUUCAGCAGCAGCUGUCCAAGUACAUCCACAACAUCGAGCUGGAGGAGCUGGGGCUCAUGGGAGGCGACGUUGUCUUGGAAAACCUUGAGCUCCGCAAAGACGUUCUCCACGAUAUCGGAGGCAUCAGCACCGACUACGACUUCUCAAGGUCGACAGAAGAGCAGGCUGCUCCGGCGGGGGUGAGCGGGUGGAUGCAGCAGCUCUUGACCAAGGUCCUCGCGAACAUGUCCAUCGAGGUGUCUAACCUGGUGCUCAAGUACGAAGAUGCGGAUGUUGUGCUUUCUGCUGCUCUAAAGCUGAGUCCAACAAGCUGGAUCGUGCAACAAUGUUGCUGUCCUGCUUGCACCACGUGCACCAUGCCUUACCGUGCGUUUCCGACGAACACCCUCCGACGAGAUAUGGAGGCACGGGGGGAGCCUGGAGGAGAGUCGCCGGAUUUGUUGUUAUCGAUGGCCAGAGGCAACACAGCAACGCCCGAGUUGGUAGUGCAGCAGUAUCACAACGCUACAGCAGUGAUGAAGAGUUACGCCGCCUGCCUCCUGCACGUCCAACCUCAACAGUCCUUGGUUUGCUUCUCGGCGGAUCCCGACCGAGAGUGGACUCCGGCGUUCGCCAGCCUGGACGACCCGUUCGGCUUCUUGCAUAAGCUGGUACACGCCAGCGACUUGACCGUGUGUCUUGACCGCUACUGCGCUCCAGACUCCUCGAGGAGAAGACAAGUCCAGGCCUUUGAGGUGCUCCGGCCGGCUUCAGCGCCGUUUAGACUUGGUCGUGGCUGCAGUAGCGUACAACUGCCUCGUAUGAAUUGUUAUGUUGUGGUUGGUUUUUACGUCAAAAAGGUGCCCAUCCUCAACCGCGCGUCCUUUGAGGUGCAUCUUCUGGCCUGCGUGUGGCUCGUCGCGCCGGGCCCGCCGGAGUCCUCGUUUGCGGCGUGGGAAGACCAGCAAACGCAGCAAGGGGAAAGGCUGGAGGAUACUGAAUUCGGCGCUACGGGGGUACCGCCGUCGCCGGGCAGGGCGGGGGCGCGAUGGGGUUUGCAGUGGGGGGCAGGGGAGGGUGCCAGGUCACCACCAGUGCCGGAAUAUCUCGUCGUUAUGUCGCGUUGUACUCCCCAGUGGUACCCAGCCGUUGUUCGCCCGCCCGCAUUCCAUCAGAGGACUGCCCGACCGCCGGUCACCGUGCUCGGGCGGCUUGUCGGUGGCGGAACCGGGGGGGCCGAGGAUUCGACAAGCGUCGUCGAUCGCGCGGGGUCUGGGGCAACGCCCACUUCGGCGGAACCGGAAGGAGAGAUCGACGAGCUGCCCAUCCCGACCGUUUGUCGGCUGCUGGGGGACGGGUGGUCUCGCAGGCCUUCCUCGUUGUACUCCCCAUUUUUCGACGGGGAGGUCGCCUGGAGCCGAAACGAGGCCUCCGGGGUUUCCACGGAGAGGGUGCGUCCGUCCAUCCCGCGGGACGGCGAGGACCGGGGCGGGGAAGAAGAGGACGGGGCGGACGUGGGCGUCGGGGACGAUCACGGUGAAGGCAGGACGAUGCCGAUCCCGAUCAUCACGGCGGACGUCUUGAUCGCGGACCUCUCGUUCUCGCUUAGCAAUCUACAGGUGCGAAUGAUGAAGGAGCUCAUCGACAGAGCAGUUGCUCAUGUCGCCCUCAAUGCCCGUCGAAACACUCACGCCGAGUCCCCCAUCCAAGGAGCUCCUCCUAGUGCCGUGGCUGAGGGAGAAGCACAAGUCGCGUCAAGCUGGUGGCCUUCUUUCUGGCGGGGAACUGCGCCCGAAGACAUCGACGAAGGCCUGCCGGAGGGGGGCACAGAGACGACCAGCACUGAGAUGAACCAUGGAACGCUCGGCACGAGCAGUCCAGCUGAACACUUCGUCCAUGUUUUGCUGCUUCUCUUCGUCUUUGCUGCUGGGGGCCUACGUAACCCAGCGCCUUUCGAGUCACGCGAGUACCACACCAAGUUUGUCGUGGCGUCGGCGUCAGUCGGUAGCGUCUCUCUUCGUUUGUUUGAGCACCAGGAGCAACCGGCCCACGCGGAGCCAACAGAGAGGGGGGAGGAGGAGGAAUGCAACUCGCCGGAGGAUGAAGAACCUCUGUCGAUAUCUGUUCCGGUGCACGGGCUGGGCACCGUCAGUGUCUUCUCUACCCCAGUCAGCGCAAGGUGGGAAGAUUGGCGGGUUGUCGUGGCCAGCGACAAUGAGCUCUCGACGGACGUGAAGGUGGACGUUUCGUCCAUCGUUGUGCGACACGCUCGCCUUUUUGAGGACGCUGCCACCCCUGCUGCCGACAAGCCUCCUGACCAGGCGGACAAGGGGCUAGACUAUCUUGAGCCCGUCGUGUCGUGGGGCGCCGCGGUCAUGCCCGACGCUCCUCCUACUUCGCAGGAAGGAGAUCUCGGUAGCGGAAGGACGGAUGGUUUAGCGGACCUCAGGACGGCGGCGAUCGUUCAGCGGUGCUUGAUCGAGCUUGCGCAAGGCUCGCCCGAAUUGGGAGCCGCCGACGGCGAGUCUAUCGACGGUGAGAGCAAUUCGUCGCGACAGAGCGCCCGAGCUCCUGCGCCAGACGUCCCGGCGCCGGCUCCGGCGCCGUGGGCGCAGGUCUUCCCUUCGGCAGCGCCGCGGCCCGUGCCAAAGGAUAGCAGCGCCUUGCAGUAUAGGUUACUAAAGCGGAAGGGCGGCGGCACCUCGACUGAUGGGUCUCCUGAUAGUGGCGGCGUCGCUAUCACCGGCACCGUGUCGACCCUGGCGUGCCAUGACCUGGCCGUGGGUGCCCUCCGAGUUCAGCUCGCGGAGCUGUUGCUGGAGAAGCUCUUGAAGUUUUUCGGGGUUGUCGGCGGGGAAGCCGGGGGGACGGAGCCGGCAGGAGGAGACCCGGGCGGCGAGGACGAAGCCACCACGCCACCGCUCACCAUCGCGCCCGUUGCCUUGGCUUCGGUGCAGGGAAGGCCGCCGCCCAGAGCAAGUCGCCUGUCGCCACGGGCCUCAGAUGCAGGCUCGGGCUCGGCGCUGUCGAGUCCUAGGACGUUGCCUCCCCGCCCUGUCAAUUCUUCCUCGGAAACAUCGUUGCACUUCGCGUUGCGGUCUGUCGAGGUGGCUUUGGGCCUCGCUGGGGGGGCUCACGAAGCGGGCGAGAACGUAGGCGAUCGUUCGCGUGACCAGCCCGCCUUCUGCGUGCUAUCGCUGAGCCAGCUCGAGCUCAGUGGUUCUGAGUCGGCGUUGUAUGGUUGUGGAGGCGGUGAGCAGCACUUUGUGGCAACCGCCCCACAGCGCCAGCGCGACGAGGAGAGUCAGAGGUUGUGCUCGCUGGUGCUCGGCAACCUGUCCAUCGUACUUAUUGAUGGGUCAGUCCAAGCUGCCGACGAGAGCGCACCCCUGGGACGACAAGGAUCUCCGCCACUGAUGUCGCGUUCACUAGCCCAGGAAGUGUUCCUAGCUGGCGGCAACACGGCUGGCAUACGGCGUCUCGUACGGCUAGGCGGUGCCCGCGUGACGGCUGAGAUUUUGAGUAAGCUCGUCGGAGACACAGAACCGACGGCGGUGGGUACGUAUAGCGCGCCUGACUUUCUCUUCAAUGCGUCCCUCGAGUCCGGGGAAGUGUGUGUCAGCGUUGGAGCUGCCCUGCUGGUCCUGGAAGCAUAUGUGCUGGCGAGGAAAAUGGGCGGGGUCUACCCGGACGCGCUAGCUAUUAGUGUCGGUGAGAUCUGCGCGCCUAGAGUCCACCGGAAUCGCGGCUGGUCCCGCGGUGUAGGAGCCGCACUUGAAGGUGUAAGCGUUGGCGGGGUGGUGAAAAGCGGCGGCUGUCAGUUGACCGGGAACAUGCGUCGUCUAAGCGUCGGUCGCAUGGGCGCCGGAGUGCCGCUGCAAGGGGAAUCCUCCGUGAUGCCAUCCGACGUGGUGGUGCUCGAGGCACUGCGGGGUGAAGGCAGCGACGAAGGGUUGUCCUGGACCCUGGAGGUCUCCGGUGAUAGCGAAGGGGUCGGCGGCGUGAAGCUGGCGACCGUGUUCAAGUCGGCCAGGCUGCACCACAUGAACGCCAAGAAGGUCGUGGAGGACAUCAUGCUGGCCUCGAAAGAGUGGACGGCUAGAGCCGCUCGUUGCUUGCCGAGUGCCACCGCCGCCGCACGGAGACGGAGCCAGCCCUUCGAGUUCGACAUCCGCGGGUCGACCGUGACACUCCACCUUCCGUUCGAGCUGGAGCUGGAAGUCGAAGACGUCCACUUGGGUACGCCUGGGUUCAACCAGGCGGUGGAACCCGAAGGCGAGAGGGCCAACGGGGACUUAGAUCUCGACAUCGUCGCUGGCGAUGUACGGAUGUUUCACAAGCCGCAUGGGUCUAGUUUUUAUUCCUCGGAGGAUGUUGUGCCGCCUGCCAUUCGGUGCGCGGCCCGGGGCGUUGUGGCUGUCAGACCUACGGCGAACGCCACCGCCGUCUCGCUCGAGAGCGAGCACGUCCGGGUGCGCCUCACGCCCGCGUUCUGCUCGUCGUUCGGGCUGUUCGUGCGUCUCAUGGUGGGGCCGCCACCGAGACCUCUCGCCGCCGACGCCGCGGCGGCGGCCUUGAUGAGGGAGGGUCGACCACCGAACAGCUUCACGUUCGAGCUGAAGGUGCGCACGGUAGACGUCGGCUUCUUCACUGGCCCGUGCUGCCCCUCGGCGGUCAGUGCCGCCUUCCUCGUGGGCGGGGUGUCGAUGAAACAGCACGCAACCGCUGCCGGCGCGCCGGGGGCCGGCAGCCGAGCCUCGUUCCAAAUGAGUUUCGAGGCAGUCGAGGCGACGCAGAGGCGAAAUCCCUCGCGAAACGCGCCUGCUCUGCCGUACGAAGCGGCGCAACUGAUCGGAGCCUUCGUCGGCCAUGGCGGUGCGCCUGGUGUGUUCUCGGCUUGGCUGUCAGCGCGGAAGAGACCGGUCGGAAGCAGCCAGGCCGGACCCACGUACGUCCAGCCGUUUCUAGUCGCGCUCGGGUCGAGCAGCGCCACUGCGCAGGCGUUUUCGGUGGUGUCCACGAGCUCGGGGCCGCGGCACCGGCUCGUCAACAGCCUAUCGUUGCGGCUGGCCCCCAUGAUGCUCGCCUGGUACCCCCCGACCUUCCGCAUCCUGAUGGGGCACUACAACCGGUUCGCGGCGAACGCCUUCCGGUCGUUUCGUUCAAGAGCCGACAUGCCGCGCAGACGGAUCGCCGUCCUGUCGUACGACAUCGACAUCCAGGGCUGCAGCGCCGUGCUGCUGGCCUCGCUCGCGGACGGCGCCCGCGGGGUUCACCUGUCCGCUGGGAAGGUUACGUUCAAGGAGGACACCGCGGCUGCCGCCGCCGCGGCGUCGCCUGCAGGUAUGGGCGGGUCGCACGCAUCCUCUUCGGCGUUAGCGUUAGAUGCAUCCAUCGCGCCCGACACCACGCUCGCGAUGUCCGGAUUUGUGGGGCCGGUCGGGAUGGCGUUCUUGCAAGACUGGCGGUCGGUUUUGCCGACGUCGGUGGCGCCUAGCGCGGGGGGGCGACUGGACGGGGACGCGGCGGCGGCACCCGUGCAGCUGUGCGCGCCUAUCGACCUGCGGUGGGCGAUGUUCUACGACGAAUUCGACCGGUGCCGCCAGGACGUCUCGCUCUCCUCCGUGCAGUUCUACCUGGAACAGCCGCACUUCGAUCUCUGCGUGCGUGUUGCGCAGAUUUUCGUCGCCGCUGACUACCCGGGGGCCCUCCCGCCUGCAGUCGUCGCGCCACAGAUCGCUGGACACCCGCAGGAUCCUGUGCACGGGGCCCCCGUGGGGGGCGCCACGAACAACGCACAGGUUGACAGCUUCCUUGCGACAUCGCUACGGCUGCCCCUUCUACAGUUCGUGCUGGCGAACGGCAAGAGGAGCGGCUCUUUCCCGCCGGUCUUGGAGAUCGAUGUGGCUUCGGUUCGCCUUGCCAGGGGGGGAGUCCUCACGGUGAGGCACCUGUCGGUAAACAGCUGGUCUCAGGAUGCGGACAGCCCGGCGCGGUCUGAGGCGGCUGCUGGCGAGAUCGGAAACGAGAACGAUGGGAGCGGGUGCGGGUACCGGGUACUUGGGCGCUCCGGGCAGUCUGAAGAAUCCGGCAAGGAUUUCCUGCGGAUGGAAGUACGGGUGCCGGAGAUCCGAUCGGGGAAGCUUGGUCCGAGGCAAGCUCAGCUCGACGUUGUGCUCCAGGUGCAGCCCUUUGACAUCCACGUUAACCCAAGCAUCCUGCGGUCGUUCACGGCGUACAUCGCGCCCGUCCCGUUCGUGGAGGGUUUUCCGGAGGAAGAGGAGGUGCUGUUCCCUCAGCGCCAACCGCCGCUCACCACGCCCUGCCAUUCGAGCAGCAGCAAGCCGCAUAACUCGGCUACCCGUCACGGCGACGGCGCAGCCGACGAUGGGGCCGCCGGCGGUGUCGAGUGCGCCAGUUCGUCGGGACAGAGAUUGUCGACGAACUUCGAGAAGUCCGCCCUGACCGCGUCUGGCAGCGUGAGGGUUCUAGCGUCCCAGGUUACCCUGGAACUGUCCUCCUACCCCGGCGGGCCCGCUUUCAUGGCGAGCACCUCUCACGUGUUCCUGAGGGCGAUCACCUGGCCUUCCGACGCAAUGAGGGCGGCGGCGAGAGGGAGCAGCGGCGAGGGAGGGGUGCAGGCGGGCCCCGAGGUGUUCGCGCGGUUAUCCCGGGUCGAGUGCAGGGUGAAGUGCGGCCAAGAGUCUGGGGGUUCUGCUGCUACCGUGCAGAACAGGGCGAGGGUUGGCCCUUCUUCUCAACCCGACGACCAGCUGGGCGACACCGUGCUCAAGCCCUUCGACGUCGACGUCCACCUAACUCGGCCCGGGGCUAGUAGUGCCAGGGGCGUCGCCGCCCUUGCCGCUGGUGUCAACACCACCGCCUCGGAGUACCCCGUGACGCAGGGCUGGCACGCCGGCGUCUACGUGGACGAGCUCUACCUGAGGUGUGCCCCCCUGCACGUGCGCAGCCUCGAGCUCCUCUCCGACCUCUUCCUGCCGGCGGUGACCGCCGCGGAGCUCACGGCGGUGGAGCUGGGCCGCGGUGGACGCUCUCGCGGGACGGCCUCCGGCUUGCAGGGCCUGGCCGGAGGAGGGCGGAUCGACGAUCUCGCCGCCUUGGAUCGCGUUGAGUGUCGGGAGCCCGCCGGGCAUGCCGACGCCGUGAAGCCAGGACCCGGGCAAGCUGUGUUUUACGGGGUCGGGACGACGCCACAAGGGGGCCGUCCGCGGCGGGUGGGCGCUUCGAGCGACGGCGCAGGCGCGAGCGGCGUGGCGGAGGAAGAGAAGGAGGCGGGGGGGCGGAAGGAGGGCGAGGAGGAGGGUCGUGGUGGCUGGGUGCACUGCUGCGAGUGGCGGUACUGGGGGCUCAGGCGGGUGGCCCAGGUCGCGUUCCCGCGCUUGCCGCUGUGCGGGAGCGUGCCGUUGUUGGAAGGGCUGGCUGUUACUUCGUUGGAGGUGGAGCUCAGCUUCGUGGAUCCAUUGACGGAAACGGUCAAGGCACCGAACGGAUCUUCGGACGACUUCGUUCUCGCCGGCGGUUCGCGCGUCACGAUAGAGCCGUCCCAGCCCAUCCUCGCCCGCACGUGGCGCCUCUCUUGGCGCGUUCCUUCCUGGCUCAGGUUCAAGGCGGCGGGCGCUGGCGGCGCCCCCAAGCCCCCCGCUAUCUCCGCCUGGAGCUCCGCCCUCCUUCGGACCUUGUCGAUCAGGUCCUCGCCCUCGGGUCCCGUCGUCGGCCCGUCGUACGUGUCGGCGACUCUUGUCGCGCAGCGGCUGACGCUUGCCUUGUUGACCGAGGGCGGCGCGAUCUCGCGCUCGUCUUCGGCAGCGGCGGCGGCGGCGCCCGUGUCGCCGUCUAGACGCCGGGAAGGACUGGGCGUGUUCGUGCAGCCGGAAGAAAUCGUCCGCGUCGUGAUCGCGGACGUCAACUUCUUCGCCGAGGCGAGCUUGGCGGCGAGGUGGCUGAGCGUGGCCGCCAGGGGCAGCGCUGUGGUGGCGGCGGACGUGCAAGACUUCUCGAACUUCCUGCGCCUCCCGCUCCUGUCGCACGCCGCGGUGAAGCUCGACGUGUCGACCUCUAGCGUCCGAGGCGGGACCGGUCGCAUGGCGGCCGAGGGGGAAAGCUUGCUGUCUCCGUUCAGACCCAUCGCGUCGGGCGCGGUUGACGUGAACGGCGCCGUUGUCAGCAUGUCGGUGACGGCGAUGCAGUGCAUAGACCAGUGCAUCGCGGAGCUGACUCGAAAGCCCUCGGACGAACCGGCAACCCGACGAAGCACGACGGCGGCAGAGGCGAAACCGUCGGUGGUUGCGGUGCCCACACCCGUGCCGCCUUCACGCCGCCCACGGCAGCGCAGCAAGCGCUACAUCAUCACCAACCACACCGACCGAAACCUGUGGUUCGGCCAAGUCUCCACGACGGAAACUCUCUUCCUUCGAGCGGGGGAGGAAACCUUGUACCGCUGGAGGACCAUCCCCCGCACACUGGCGGCUGGCGCCGCAGGGCGCAAGGGCGAUGACGCGUCACGGCUCGUUCUUAUGCUACGGCUUGCACUGCACCGCGUCUCAGGUAGUGGAGGUGGAUACGCUGGCGCCGGUUCGGAGCGUGGGGGUUGGUAUGGAGCGUGGACAGAACCUUUUCCUGUGGAUCAUGUGGGCACUUUUAAGGAAGAGAGUGACUUGGUGACGCUCCCCUUGUGGGUGGAGGUGGACAAGAAUGGCCUCGAAACGCGCAUCGCAUUCCACGGAGAGUGGGUGUUUACCAACCACCUACCGCAGGAGAUUCAGGUGGCUUGGGUGACGUCCGCAGGAGUGGGCAACGCCGGCCGGUGUCUCGUCGAGCCCACAGGAACACGGGGAGGCCUCAGCCUCGAAGCGUGUAGUACCUCGGGGCGAGCUGACGGAAGCCUUCACCCAGUAUCCUGUUCGGCACUCACCGCGUCUUCUUCUUCCCUGGGGACGGGGCAAGCGCAAGGGGGGCGUCUGUCCGAGCUCAUGUUGGAGUUCAGGUUAUCCACUCCCGAUGCCGCCGCGUUUGUCGGGUCGGUGGGUCCACCCCCGGUAGCCACCGAGGAUUUGGGGGGGCAUCCGGCGGCGGCACGAGACGCUGAUGGUUUGGGCGACGGGGGUAGCUACGAUAGGCGCGGGCUUGACGAUGAGCUGCUCCAGGGGCGCGAGGAGAUAGAGGUUGACUCGAGCGGUAGCCCCUGGGAGGUAACCCGUCAGUCCGAGUGGGUCCAGGCGAGGCCGUUCGUUUUCCUGGCUCUGAUCUCUUGCGCCAGCACGGACCCCGGGAUCUCGGGGUUCGCCUUCUGGUGCGUGGCCUCCAGGCAAGCCUCGCGCGCGGCCAAUGGCCACCGCGGUAACCUGGGUCAGAUGAGAAUCGACCUGCACCCGAUGGCGCUCGUGUGGAACGGCUCCUCGAUACCGAUGCGGGCCGUACUGAAGCACCGGAGCGGCGGCGGCGGGUGGCCGGAACAGCCGCCUGCUACGCUUGCCGAAGCGGUGGACGAACAAGGUGGGGCUGGGACUGGGCACACCGCUGAUCGCAACGACGACCCCCGGGCCAACUACAGCCUGUCGCGCACGACCUCCGCGAUACGGCCCGGAGGGCGCACGGCGGUUUGUCAGCGGCCCUUCGUGGACUACGACUUGGCGGUGGCAUCGACGGGGACGGCGGCAUGCCAGGCCGCACCAUUCCUCGUUUCCGUCCCGGCGGAGCUCCUGUCCCGCAGGUGCGAGUCCACCUGGCUGCCUCUCCACAGCCGGGCCCUAUCGGACAACAUCUUGAGCCCCCUGGUGGUAGUGGCUUCGCGUCUCCUAGACGCGAACUGGCCGUCGCUGUCGCUCCGCGUGUACUCGGGCCUCAGCGUGGAGAAUCACACCUCGGUGCCGUUGUCCCUGCGGGCGGACUUCAUCAGGCCGCUGCUUGGCUCCGACGGGGAGCCAUCCGCGCAGCAGCCGGCAGAGGCUCCCGUGACGGAGCGUGGCGAGCCGGAGCGUGCGCAGACCGAGGAGGAGGAGGAAGAGCGAGCGACGUCGCCGCUCCUCCGCCGUAGAGGAAGCGAGUCGGUGUCGGUCGAUGGCGGCGGCGGCGACGCCGGCAGCGGCCGUCGCGCUGUCGCCCGCGUUUCUCGCAUGUUCCGCGCCGGGGCCGAGAGCUGCCACAGCGCGUGGGACAUGUUUCAUGGCAGCGAAGGGUUCUCCAUCCCAUUCCUUCUGCCCCACGUAUCGCUAGAUAUCGGCCUGGAUUCUCGCGAGGAGGCCUCUCCGUCGCCGGCCACUGCCUCGGUGCGGGCAGGGUGGUCGUCUCUCGUUCCUCCGGGACGAAGUGCCGACGAAGUUCCCGGGGGUCCCACGCCGCCAACGCCGGCCGAAAGGCGUUCCCGAAAGCUCAAGGUCAGCCUGGCGGAAGAGUUGAACGAGCUCGUCCUCGUCCCGUGGGAGGCGAGCAGCGGCGUGGUGCUCCCUGUGUUGGCGACCCUCGAGAGGGAAGUCGUCCUGGGGGGGGUGGAGCUGAUCCGACUGGCCUUGUACCCGCGGGUGGUGGUGCACAACGCCACGGGCGUGCCGGUCUCGCUCUCGUUGCUUGGCGGCGCCCACGUAGCAGCCGAGGACAAGUCCGGAGGUGGGGCACGGAACGAGGCCCUCCCCAUGUGCCGCGUCCGCCUCACGCCCGAGGGGAGCGGGAGCCGCAUGAACCUGCUCGCCAUCCCCGGCGAGCGAGCACUGCCCGGACUGGACGCCAGCCACCAUGGUUUCCCGCAAUCAGCCGCGGGAAGAGAAGGAGAGAGGGCGGGUGAGGGAAGAGGCUUCCCUCUCGAGAACGUUCCCCGGCCCGGACUGCUGGGCAGGCUCUCACGGAUACUGUCUAGCGGGAGCUACAAGGCGUCUUCGGCACACCCCGCCGGCUUCUCCGCCGACCUAGAGAUGGCGUUUGGGUGGGACGACCGCGCGGACCAAGCUUCCGCCGCCGACAGUGGUGCGGUCGACGGCCGGGGUGCUCCUCCGACCGCCAGGCCGGCCGGCAAUGAAGCGGCGAGCACGGGAGCAACGAAGUGGAGCCAGGAUGGCUGCGGCGCGAACGAGCUCCCCGUCUUUUCUCUGUGCGAGCCGUCCGCCGGCUCGUCCCUCGCCUCCCAUCCGUCCUCGCUCACGGUACCGGGCGGCGGGCAACGCGCAGUACGCGUCUACAUCGCCGUCGAACCCCCCGGCGCCGAGCCGACGUCGGCGGCGCCCCUCGCCCGCCACGUUCUAAUCUACCGAGACCCCCAGCCCGACCUCACCAUCUGCAACAGGUCGACGGACACCGUGACCCUCCUGCUCGACUGCGGCGCGUUGGUGGAAGUGGCUCCGGGCGGCACGGUGGAGCACUCGUGGCGGAAAGAGCCGACAAGAGACGCGAACGGCAGCAACGGCGGCGGCGGGCGCGGGGGCAGUACGUCAACAGCGCCGCGAUCGUCACGCAACCAUCAUCAUCCUCCUCCUCCGGCAAGCAUGACGGGCCGGCACAGCCGGCGAUGGUCUGAAGACUCUCGAGGCGUCGUCGACACCCCGACGCCGAUGUCGUCGGCACCGAGCUCUCCCGUGCAGGCAAGACCCGGCACAGCAGCAGCAGCAGCAGCAGCAGCAGCAGCAGCAACAGGUGCAGCGCUGGACGCGCGGAGGAGCUGCGUGUCCGGACCCGGCGGCAGCCCAGCGCUGCGCAAGGCGGCGCGCGCCCCCGGCAAGCUGGGCGGCGACGCGACGCUGCAGCACUGGUUCCAGUGCAAGGGCGGCGCCAAGGGCGACGUGUUCUUGUCGUGGUCGGACCCGCUCUGGGUGGCUCGCGGCGUGCAGGUUCUGCGCUUCGACGGCCAAAACGGAAGCAACGAGGAGAGCUGGGGGCACCGUGGGAUCGCGGAAGGUGGCAGCGGCGAAGGUGGCGGCGGUCGCGACGACGGGCGCAAGGGCUUUGGGACUGGGUCAGCUCGUGAGGUUCAGGUCCACGUCGUGGAGCGUGCCGGCGGUUUCGUCAUGUCCUUCGCGGAGGGAGGGUUCGAGGGGGCGGCCGCCGACUGUGUAGGUGUCGUAGAAAGCGGCGCUCGAGACAACCAUCAUCUCGAAAGCAGAGGGGUCCUAGGGCGAUGGGCCUCGACUCUGGGGCAACACGUGGUGGUCACUGUGUCUGGGGUGUCCCUUCAGCUCUUGGACGAUUCCAACCUCCAGGCAUUUGCCGCGAACGGCCAGGGAGGAAACUCGACGGCGGCGGCCGCAAGGGCGGCGUCGGAUAGGCUCGGCGGGAUGGACGGCUGGGUCGGCGGGACGUGGGCGGAGCCUGGCGGUCUCCCGUCCGACGGCGCGUCGGCCCACCUCCCGGCGGCGGCGAUACCCGCGAUCGUCAGCGUGUUCGUCGACGCGAGCUCGGUGCGGCUAUGGCGAGCUGCUCCGGCGGUGCGGCCCGGGAUGUCGUCGCUUGACCUGGAGCGGUCGUGGCAUCUCAAGGACCGGGUUGGCAUCGACGUCUGCCUGGGCACUCUUCAGAUCGAUAGUCACGUGGCCGGCCAUAGGCUUCCGGUGAUCUUCUGCUUCCGGGAGGGGGGCCCUCUAGUUGAGGUCAGCGAAAUUGGCAUGGGCAUGCCUGGAGAUGACCAGGUCAAGGGAGGCUGCCGCCUCGCCAUGUCCCUCGUUCUAGCCGAGUCUUGGGAAGACAGCCGAGUGCCGUCGUACUUAGAGAAGGUGUCCAUCCACUCCGCUCCGAUCGAUGUCUGCUUCGAGGAUUCGCUGCUACCGCCGCUGCUGUUGUUGCUGGAGAGGUUGGGCAUCGGAGCAGCAAGUCCUGGCGACCGUUCAUCGCCGUACCCGUUCGCGGCGUCGGCAAAUGAUCGAGGACCCGGCUCGGCGGCGCAGGGAGGCCUCCCGUCCGAGAGGAGCCCCCAGCUGCUACCCCCGGCGCUGGGCGCAAACGUGGUCCCGCGGCUGUUCAUCCAGCGAGUGGAUAUCGGCGCGCUGGUCGUGAGGGCCACCGUGCAGGGCUACAUACCGGGGAAGCAGGUAUUUUUGGCCCUGGACAAGUCGCCGUUGCUGUUCAGACCUGUUUCGCUACGCGGGGUGCUCGCACGGCCCGACGAGAUAGCGGAGCAGAUUGCCUCCAACUACGCGGUUGACGCACUGCUGCGGUCGCUGGCGGUGGUUGGGUCGCUGGAGGCGCUCGGGAGCCCGACAACGCUGCUGUCCGAGUGGGGCAAGGGGGUGUACGACCUGUUCGCCAUGCCCAUCAAGGCGAUGCCUCAGGGCCCUUCCUCCACCUUCAGAGCUACCUUUCGAGGGGUCAGCUCCCUGCUCAGACACGCUUCGGCUGGAACUCUGUCGUCGGUCUCGGGCGUUUCGAACGCCUUGUCCCGCAACCUGGGGGGUCGGGGCGGGGUCGUUCGCCCGAUCGCCGGGACCAUGGGGCUGGUCUAUCGCACAUCGAAGUCGCUCAUCGCCAGCACUGGCGUGGACAGCGAGUGGACUCACGCCGAGGCGAACACGGCGGCCAAUCCGGCCACGGCAUACCUCAACGCCGACCUGUGGUACCGCUGCUGCCUGCUGCCCGCGGGGCACGAGUUCCUCUACCGGACCCCGGCGCUGUGCAGCAACGCCUCCUACAGCCAGGCGAACGUGCCCGUGACGAUCGUGCUCUCCAGCAAGGCUGUCUUCCUGUACCGGGGAGGCAGCGGCUGCGAGACGCUGUGGAAACAGAUCGACCACCAGGACAUUACCCUCGUCGAGCAGAGCGCCGAACACGCCCCGGCAGAGCUCAUCCUCAACGCCAGGGGUUAUCGCCGCCCGAAGAGCGCCACCAGCCCUUUGGCGGCUGCGCGCGUUGCUUCGGCGGCGGUAACUGUACCCGGUGCUUCUUCUCCCCGAACUCGUGCUCGUCCUGUAACCCCCCCCGAAAGGGCAGCAGCAGCAGCUGCCGCUGAUGCUGCUGAUGCUGCUGCUGCCGCCGCCGGAGGCCCUGGCCGUAGGACCGCAGUAGUAGUAUCCACGCUGGAGGCGGAGGAGGUGGCGGUCGGGGGCUUGCUGAUGAAGCUGUCGCUGCCCAGCAGCGCUUGUUGCCGCGAACUGGCGCAGCUUCUCCACGGGCUUUCUGACAAGGCCUGAGCGAGUGGAUCGCGUUCUUCGACGACGAGAGUCCGUCGGGUUCCCCAAGAAUAGAUGUUAGGCAAGCGUAAUUUUAAUCGAGUAGGGCCGCGGCAGAAGAUAAUUUGAUACGCCGCCCAUCUCGAGUUUUGAUAGAGAGUUAAGUCCAAUCGUGGACAGUUUGCCACAUGUCAACUCCAGAGCCCUUCGGAACGUGCGCCGUUUUGCGCGGCGGGAGGUACCAAUGUGCAUGCGCAAGAAAUUAAGGUUCCUCCCCCGUUCCUCCUCGCUGUUGCCCGAAGAUAGUUGUCUCUGUACAGUCAGGUGUUAAGUGUUUUGAUAUGUAGACUAUUUGCUUCGAAUUCACCGAGGAUCGAGUGUUUCUUUGUUCGUACUUCACGUAAGUUUGUCUUUGGCCACAGGUGAGGCUUGGCUCUGCGCAGUGUACAACCCGCGCAUGCAUGUAGUGCCUCUGUGAUUUAAUGGUAUUUUGGAGUGACUACCUGAGCGCUUGGACAGAAACGCGACGGUUAGUCUGUAUCGCUGGGGUGUAAAUAUGAUGUGCUUGCGCUUCCCGUAACAAAAUUUAUGUGUCUGUUGGUGGCCCGCUGACAGGCCCGAUCAUUUUAGACGCUUCCUUUUGCGAGGUUGCGAAAUCCGGUUGUUUUCCGGAGCGACUCGUGUCGGUUACUUCGUUUUUUCCUGCUUGUGUGCUCGGU